AUGCUGCUGCCGCCGCAACUUCUGCUGCUUCUGCCGCUAACUUGCAAAGUCUAUGUACCAAUUGCCCCUGUUGGAGCGGCCGUUGCUGCGGGAGAUGCUGUGUGUUUUGGGUUGCAGCAGCAACAGAGCGAGAGCGUUCGCGGCCCAUUCGGUCAGGUUCUACCGCAGCUCGCUGGCUGCUUUCAGAUUCUGUACCCUCUGAAGCAGCAGCAGCAACAAAGACAACACCCACUCGUUCUGCAGCAUUUGCUGCUUCCAUACGGCGCCCAACUUGGGCUUGCCACAGGCAGCAGCAGCUCCAGGAGCCCCUCGAUCAGUUCUCCCCACACACCCAGGCAGCUAGAGCACGAGCAACAGCAGGGGCAGCAACAAGGAGAGCAGCAGCAGCAGCAACGUGAGCAGCACCAGCAGCAGCGGAAGGUUCAGCAACAGCAGCAGGAGCAGCAGGAGGAGCAGGGGAUAAAUCAGCAGCUGCUGCAGCGUCUGCUGGGUUUGCUGUCUAUCGAGGAGCAACAGCUUGUUGCUGCUGAGGGGGAGCUCUUACUUGCUGCAGUCACUUCACUGCACAACCUGCUGGCUGCUGCUGGGUUUCCUCCUUUUUGUGGCACAAUUGAGUUCGCGCUGCCGCAGCUCCUGCGGCCGCUGCUAGAGCUGUUUUUUUGUAUCCCUCAUUCGGACGUGGAGGAAGCAGUGCUUCAGUUGCUGCAGUACGAGCGGCAGCUGCAGCAGCAGCUGCAGCUGCAGCGGCAGGCUUAUCAAGACAACGCGCACCAAAUACAGCAGCGCCCGUGUGUGUCUGUGGAAGACUGCAGCAAAAUUCUUUAUCAACUCUCGGACCUGGAGGAGGAGGGGCUGGAUGUUGCUGCUGAGCAGCUGCAGCAGCUGCUGGCGUUUUCAGGGGAGCCCUCAGAGCUGCUGCUCUUGCUGCAAAGAGCCCGUGACUGCCUUUCAACGGUACAGCAGCAGCAGCUGCUGCUGCAGGAGGAGGACGAAGAUGAAGAGCUGCUCCAGCAGUUGUUUUGGGACGGUGCAGCAGCAGCAGAAGCAGCAGCCGUGGUGGAGAGGGAGCUUAGCCAUGGCCUGCACCUUGCGCUGUUGCUGCAGGCAGCAUCAGACGCUUCAACGGGCCGCUGCUGCUGUAUGCGGCUGCUGCUGCCGCCAGAAAGUUUAAACUACGACUUCGGGUUUAUGAGAGUAGGAGGUGGCGGGUACAUGAAACCGUCUCCAUACGUGAGCUUUGAUGCAACAGCUGCUGCAAGCAGCAGCAGCACCCCAGCAGUGUGUGGUUCAGGUGCUGCAGAGGCCACCGAUAGUACUGCUGCAGCAUCCAGCUCAGCAACAGCAGCGGCAAAAGAGGGCCAGAGAGGCGCUCCUCUGGGGGUAGUGGAGCCCCGCAAGAAUUUCCUCAUUCUGUCUUUUGAUCUUGACCUGGAGGCUGUUAUUUCUUUAGUAGCUGGCGCCGACGCAGCAACUGCUGCUGCAGCUGCAGCUGCUGCGCUGAAACAGCAACAGCAACAAAAGCGCCAGGCCGGAGGACCAAUGCCCUUUUCAUCCGCCCAUAGUGCACCGGAGCAAGGCGGAGAGGCCGUCGACGAAGUGGGCGGCGGCCCCUCACAACAGCAGCAGCAGCUGCUGCUGCUGCAGCAGGAGCCUCUGCAGCAGAUGCCACUGCUGCAUCACUGCCCACUGCAGCAGCUGCGGUGCAGCAGCGAACCUUGGGUCGUCCUCACGACUGCCAGCAGCCGCCUCGUUCCCUUGGGCGUUGCUGUUGCCAACCGCCUCAUACGGCGGGGAGUCGCAGCGGUGAUGCGGAUUCAGCCUGUCAUCGAAGUGUCCCGGUUUCAGGAGUCCCUGAGGCGGCACCCCAGCGUGAAGUACCACGCAAUAAUACAGCAGCAACAAAAGACCAGCAGCAACAGGAAGCAGCAGCAGCUGCAGCGGUCGCACCAACUGCUGCAGCACCAGCACGAGGUGCAGCAGCAAGAUGGGCCCCCUCCUCAAGCCGCCCAUAGUCCUGAAGACUUGGCCCCUUGGCUCAGUUCAAGCAGCAGCCAAUACAUCCCGCUGUCCGUCUGCAACAGUGAGAGGAGCUCCGGUGGUGCGUCUUCGCUUGAGGGUGCUGCUGCUGCUCCCGUGAUUUUCAGCCUCACCCAGCUGCACAAGGCACCUGCAGUCGCCGCAGGGAGCAGCAGCAGCAGCAGGCGCAGGUGUAAGCCGGUCCGCCACUUGACGGCCCAGGCCCUCAUUUCCGUGCUGGUUGCGGCAGCAGCACCAGCAAGGCGCUGA